AUGAAGGACAGACGAGGAGUGGCAGCGGACAGAAGCAAGUCUGUUUGCCGGACUCCAUUAUCGGCCCGCACAAAAAGCACCUACGAAAGUGUGCUCAAGUGUGUAAAGGAAAACAAAAAUGACCAAAAAAAAAUCAGGUACUCUUUAUUCCUAAAGGCAUACGAAAAUGCAGAGCUGAUACAAAUGGAAAGAAAAGACAAGCAACAAAAAUUAAAAUUAAAAUUGAACGAAUGGAACAUGUGGAAUAAUUGCAUCGACGUGAAGGGGGAAAAAGAGAAACAAAGAUUAAAGCUACUGAACAUGCUAAAAAAUUAUGAAAUAAAGUACCAAGCAUAUUCCAACUUAAAAGCAUUAUGUGAUUAUAAAAUAUAUUUUAAGAAAUCCUCAUUUGGCCAGGUCAUGAAAGAUUCGGAAGCUCUUUUACAACAUGCACACAGAGACAACUUUGUCUACCACCUUGCUAGCAUCGGUGUGUCCUACAAUGAUGUAAUUCUAAUGUCGAGCAUUUUUAAAAACAUGGAACAUUUGAAGAAUUGCAAUAUUUAUAUGUUACCUUGGAUAUACAGGAAGCUGAAUGAGUUUCAUAAUUUUAAUGUCACGACUUUUCUAAUCCAUUGUGUUGCGUACUCUCUUUCCACUUUCCCGUGUUCACUAAGUUUGUUUCUUCAAUAUAGAACCUUGGCUAUUGUUUUUCCUUUAUUCUUUACCUACAUGUUUUUAUCACUUCCUUUUUUGUUACAAGAAAUAAAUUGUGGUCGGUUUGUCUUGGACGGAUGCAUAUCUUUCUUUAUUUCAUUCGACUACUACCACCUUCCGAUCGGAAUCAUCCUCAUCAUUUCUUACCUCCUGUCCAUUAUCAACUGUGUAGAUAUUAUAUGUUUGCAAGUGAUUUAUUUUUCCUUUUACCUGACCCCCAAUAAUCCAUGGGUGUACCGCAACGUGGACACUAAAAUAUGUUCCAAGUUCAACGGGAGCCACAGCAUUUGCGACUUCGCCAGAAACAUCUGCUACUACAAUGAGGCCACGGGCGUGUGCGAGCUCAACCGGAUCAAGCUGGGCACCAAAAUCUACGACACGCUGCUGAGCAAGUACGCCGAGCCCAAGAGCGAGAAGUUCGCGCACGCCACGGUGCUCCUCUCCUUCCUCCUCCUCAUCCUUUACAAUUCCUUCUCCAAGUACAAGACUUCGCACAAGAUGCUGAAGAUCCACCUGUCUAUCCUGAUCCUGGUGUUCGCCGCCUUCAUAAUUACCAUGCGUGAUUUCACGCUUUUCGAGUUUCUCCUCGUAGACUUUACAUGGGACCGAGUGAGAGGCGUGCUGCUCGACCAUGAGGUGUGGAUUGCCUGCAUGAUGCACUGCACCAUGAGCAUGUCCCUCCACUCCGGCAUGUACUUCUACACCUCCAAGGGGCUCAGGGUCGGCAUCAACGUCAUCUGGUGCACCUACCUCACCGUGCUGUGCUGCUUCCUCCUGGACAUGCUCCUAUUCGUAACUUUCUCGAACAUCAUCGGCAUGCAUAUAAAAGACAUAGCAAAGAAUUACUCCUACUUGGUCAAGCUGGUGAAGAGAAACGUCUUUUACAUUCUAGUGCCCGUGGGAAAUAAUUUCUACUCCAAGUUCUCCUCCUUCCUAGGGAUUAACAUAAGCAUAAUUUUCUUAACCUUCAUGUUAUUGGCUGCAUCUAAGAGGAUAGAAAUUCUGUUUCUCUCAUUUGACGACAUAUAUUUUUUGAAGCCAAAGAAUACAUGGCUCGACAUCAGGUGGGUCUUCCUCUUUUUACUUUAUUACCUGUACAGCUCCCUGGACAUAACUUUCCUGGACCUCUUCUUCACAGAGAUGUCUCAAAUUAUUACCCUGUUAAUUAUGUUCUAUAUUAAUUUUAAUUUUUUCUGGGUCCGUGGAUUUAAAAAGACGAUGGAAAAAUUCGGCAAGUAUCCCCUCCUAUGCCAAUUUGUUCUUACUGCAUUAAAUCAGUUUUUUUUUUUCUACUUUGAAAUUAUUUUUCGUCUUCCAAAUCGAGUCACACUCUACUUGCUGCGGCAGGGUAUUAACAUUUGCGUCAUCCCCCUCGUCUCGGUGCUGCUAUGUCGGUGCACUUGGUUCGCGGGGCCCAUGGAGAUGCGGCAGGGAAGCGGCGUCAGGCACAUUCUGACGGACGCCUACGAGCUCGCCAUCGAGUGCACAAACCAGUCGAAGAACAUCCAGCUGGAAUUCAGCCAAACGUCCAAGAGCGCCAAGUGGUUCAACCUCUACAUCAUCCUGUUCUGCAAAUACCUGGGGAUCGACCUGGUCUUUAUGUGCUUUUUGCAUGUGGGCAGCAGCAUUUUUUCCAUAAAAGGAAAUUUUUUUAAAAAGAAAAAUGUACACCUGCAAACAGAUCCCUACCUCCUCUUUUUUCUCCUCUUCCUCUGCUACAUCUACAUUGUGUACAUCAAUGUGCCCCUGCUGCAAAUUAUUAAGAGGCGCAAGUUUUUUCGAGUUAACAACUUUAACGUCCUCGACUACCCCACAUGCUUCGAGGAGCCCAAGCGCCCGCGCAGGGGCCUUCCCUUUGAGGAGUUUAAGCGCGACUGA